AAGGAAUAUUUAUUGAGCAAUCAUUGGGUGGGAAAUGAAAAUGGAAGCACAGAGCAUGAGCCGAGACAUGUGCAGGUGAAAAAUCAAGUGACAUUACUUGUUACUCCAACUCUCCAAAUAUUUUUGUCACCAAGUUUGUAAUAAAUAGCCUGAAAUUAAAAAUGAAAUAAGGAUAUAGUAGUCUGUGUCAAAGACAGCCUGAGGUGCUAAUGCUUAAACACUAGGAUCAUAGUAUGAGUGUUCCUAAGUAUGCCUCUCUAUUGCUUUAUUUAUAUCUUCUUCCAAAUGAGUUGAUGCUGCCCUAACAGAAUAUCUGUUCAGCUAUUUCACCUUUUUGGUCUUGUGUAUUAGAACAGGUGAAUUAGAAGAGGAUUCUUUUGGCUUCAAACAGAAAGAAAGUGCUAUAUAAUUUAAAAAGUCCAGAGGCAAUUCUUCAAGCAUGUUUGGAUCCAGGAAUGCAAAUGUUUUAAUUAAGCCUCAAUCUCUCUCUCAUUCUUUAUCUUUCUCUAUCUCCAUGUAUUUAUCUUACUUUGGGGUUCAUAUAUCUCCCUGUUCUUGUGGAAGCCCCUGGCACAGCUUCAGGCUUAUAUUCUCAUAGCUCCACAACUUGCAGGAAGGAGCAGGGGCCAUCAUGGCAUAUGGUCACUCAACUUGUGCAUUUGCGUAGCAAGGCAUUGAGUCUGAAGGUGAUUCAUAGGCACAUUGCGCACAGAGUAGAUUUGUAUAUGAAUUACAGCACUGUUUUCUGGAAGCUGACAGAAAAUAUCUUGUUUUGACAAAAUCAGAAUAGCACAACAAUUUUCCAAAAAAGAAACAAAGUAUUUUGUGGAAGGGGCCCCUUUGUAUCUAACUUAUACAGAGAUGGCCUAUGUGAUAGUGAUAACCCUAUGUUUCCAUCCUGGCUGCGCCAGCGAAAGUCCAGGGAUUAUCCCUGAAUGGCUCUGGUUGGACUUUCUGCCCAACCUGGAAUAACACUACAGCCAGAAGGAUCUGAUGUUCUGAUUAGCCAAGACUUGAUCACAGGCAGUGGGAUCAGUUCUCCUGAAACCAUAAACAUUGAAACAAGUAAGAGGGGCAUAUCCAAAAAAAAAAAUAAUUGAUGGGAUGUCCCUGACAGGAAAAACAACAACAACAACAACAACAACAUCGACAACAAAACCCAAAAACCUUCUAUACCGGGAAACCGUCAUAGUGUUCUUUGAAUAUACAAAAACUGGUCUACACAUAAUACAAUAGAAAAUAUUGGCCUAAAAAGAGCACCAUGGCCGAAGGGACAUGACCUAUUUUAACAGAUGAUUUGAGAGUUAAAAGAUAACUUGGAGGGCAUCCAAUUCAAUCUCAUCAUUUUCCAGAUGGGGAAACUAAAACCCAGACAGAGGAACAGAAGUGCUGAGAGCACACAAGUAUUUGGUGGCGGAGACAACCAACUACGUGCCUUUUGACUUUUUGCCCCCUACGAUGAUGAUAGGUUUCUUCGUUACAUUGUCAACAAAAACAAAAAGUAUAGUCUUGUUUCUGGUUUUCUCUCCGCCCUAAAAUCUGUAUAAUAUGAUUUUGCUGCACUCCAACAGAAAGCCUCAGGAAGAGAUGGUUUAACCUCCUUAAGUCCGCUCCCAUCCCCAAGGACAGACAUUCACUUUCCUUGAAUUGGAAGUAGAGCCACUUGUUGCUUUAAUGGGCCAAAUGUGGUCUGGACCUGCAGGAGGAGACGCCGCUCAUAAAGGGCUUCUCAACUGCACUGCAACCUGUUCUGGCAUCCUGACUUUGCCCCCAAACCCCAGCCAGAGAAAGACAAAGGCAUUCCCGAUCAAUGGGGACACUUGUGCCUGCCCCCUCUUUCUUCUUCCUACCAUCACCUCUUUCCUGCUGUUUCUUACUGGCAAAAACUGCCACCAGGUGCACCAGAUGCAUCUCCGGAAAUAGGUAGGAGGGAGUCUUACACCUGUCAGUGCUAGAAAGUGCGCUCUGCGGAGUUCUCAGUUGUUCCCUCUCUGCAACGAAGUAAAGAGAAGGGAUGCGUCCGAGGUUUCUGACACAGACAUGCUGGGGAAACGCGUCAGUUCAAGGAGCUCUGACUCUAGUGACUACCGAAGACCAGUGAUGCACUCCCAUGCCUAGCGUCUCCUCUUGACUUCUGUUUCCCUGCAGCCAAGCUCAGCUCCUGGCCCUGGAAACCCCUUUGGGUAAAGCGUCUUUAAGUCAAGAAUCAGGCUCCUGUGUGCACGUGUGGCUUUCUUAGCAAAAAACUAGCACAGGCGGCUCAGGAGUAGAGUCUAGCUAGGGUCUUCCCGCGCCCCUCCCUCACUGGUUUCUCUGCCCCUGCCUCGCUUUCUCCCAGAGCUAAGAGCCUAGGCUCCGGACCUAGGGUUUGGGAGCAGUCAGCACGACGUCCUCGCCCCAUCCCGCGGCUGAUGACACCCGUGCCCAGAACGUGGGUGUGGGUAGGGAGGCUUCCACAGUGAGUUAGGGUCGAGAGCUAGGCUCUCGCUUGCUCCCCGCAAUCCCUAGAUUCCCUGGGGACCACGAAACUCCCAUUCCGAGGAAACCUCCCCCCCAUUCCCCAGCCGCCCACCCGUUUCCCCCCCUUACCUCAGCACGCAGCCCCUCCCUGCGUGAUGAUGCAAACCAGUGGGGAGGGCUGGCGCUGGGAAGGGUGGGGAGAGAAGGAGAGCCAGCGAGGGAGGGAGGGAGUGGGAGGAGGAGGAGAGGGAGCCGAACGACCAUUUAAAGCGAUAGCAAUCCCUGCCCUCUCCCCAGUGCUGGGCUGUUGGAGAGAGCGAGCAGCAAGCCGGUGAGCGCGAGCGCGGCGCGCCGGCCGGCUAACCCGAGAGCGCGAGGCGCCCCAGGCUGGCAGGCGCCGCGGGACCCCUCACCCUCUCUGGUCGCCCCUCCCCGGAUUCCCCCACCCUCCGUGCCUGCAGGAGCCCCUGGGCUUUCCCGGAGGAGCUCGCCCUGAGGGGCCCGGAGCUCGGCGAGCCCACCACCGUUCCCUCCAGCGCCGCCGCCGCCACCGCAGCAGCCGGAGCAGCAUGGUCCAGCUGAGGAAGCUGCUCCGCGUCCUGACUUUGAUGAAGUUCCCCUGCUGCGUGCUGGAGGUGCUCCUGUGCGCGCUGGCGGCGGCGGCGCGCGGCCAGGAGAUGUACGCCCCGCACUCAAUCCGGAUCGAGGGGGACGUCACCCUCGGGGGGCUGUUCCCCGUGCACGCCAAGGGUCCCAGCGGAGUGCCCUGCGGCGACAUCAAGAGGGAAAACGGGAUCCACAGGCUGGAAGCGAUGCUCUACGCCCUGGACCAGAUCAACAGUGAUCCCAACCUACUGCCCAACGUGACGCUGGGCGCGCGGAUCUUGGACACUUGUUCCAGGGACACUUACGCGCUCGAACAGUCGCUUACUUUCGUCCAGGCGCUCAUCCAGAAGGACACCUCCGACGUGCGCUGCACCAACGGCGAACCGCCGGUUUUCGUCAAGCCGGAGAAAGUAGUUGGAGUGAUUGGGGCUUCGGGGAGUUCGGUCUCCAUCAUGGUAGCCAACAUCCUGAGGCUCUUCCAGAUCCCCCAGAUUAGUUAUGCAUCAACGGCACCCGAGCUAAGUGAUGACCGGCGCUAUGACUUCUUCUCUCGUGUGGUGCCACCCGAUUCCUUCCAAGCCCAGGCCAUGGUAGACAUUGUAAAGGCCCUAGGCUGGAAUUAUGUGUCUACUCUCGCAUCGGAAGGAAGUUAUGGAGAGAAAGGUGUGGAGUCCUUCACACAGAUUUCCAAAGAGGCAGGUGGACUCUGCAUUGCCCAGUCCGUGAGAAUCCCCCAGGAACGCAAAGACAGGACCAUUGACUUCGAUAGAAUUAUCAAACAGCUCCUGGACACCCCCAACUCCAGGGCCGUCGUGAUUUUUGCCAACGAUGAGGAUAUAAAGCAGAUCCUUGCAGCAGCCAAAAGAGCUGACCAAGUUGGCCAUUUUCUUUGGGUGGGAUCAGACAGCUGGGGAUCCAAAAUAAACCCACUGCACCAGCAUGAAGAUAUCGCAGAAGGGGCCAUCACCAUUCAGCCCAAGCGAGCCACGGUGGAAGGGUUUGAUGCCUACUUUACGUCCCGUACGCUUGAAAACAACAGAAGAAAUGUAUGGUUUGCCGAAUACUGGGAGGAAAACUUCAACUGCAAGUUGACGAUUAGUGGGUCAAAAAAAGAAGACACAGAUCGCAAAUGCACAGGACAGGAGAGAAUUGGAAAAGAUUCCAACUAUGAGCAGGAGGGUAAAGUCCAGUUCGUGAUUGACGCAGUCUAUGCUAUGGCUCACGCCCUUCACCACAUGAACAAGGAUCUCUGUGCUGACUACCGGGGUGUCUGCCCAGAGAUGGAGCAAGCUGGAGGCAAGAAGUUGCUGAAGUAUAUCCGCAAUGUUAAUUUCAAUGGUAGUGCUGGCACUCCAGUGAUGUUUAACAAGAACGGGGAUGCACCUGGGCGUUAUGACAUCUUUCAGUACCAGACCACAAACACCAGCAACCCGGGUUACCGUCUGGUCGGGCAGUGGACAGACGAACUUCAGCUCAGCAUAGAAGACAUGCAGUGGGGUAAAGGAGUCCGAGAGAUACCCCCCUCAGUGUGCACACUACCAUGUAAGCCAGGACAGAGAAAGAAGACACAGAAAGGAACUCCUUGCUGUUGGACCUGUGAGCCUUGCGAUGGUUACCAGUACCAGUUUGAUGAGAUGACAUGCCAGCAUUGCCCCUAUGACCAGAGGCCCAAUGAAAAUCGAACCGGAUGCCAGGAUAUUCCCAUCAUCAAACUGGAGUGGCACUCCCCCUGGGCUGUGAUUCCUGUCUUCCUGGCAAUGUUGGGGAUCAUUGCCACCAUCUUUGUCAUGGCCACUUUCAUCCGCUACAAUGACACGCCCAUUGUCCGGGCAUCUGGGCGGGAACUCAGCUAUGUUCUUUUGACGGGCAUCUUUCUUUGCUACAUCAUCACUUUCCUGAUGAUUGCCAAACCAGAUGUGGCAGUGUGUUCUUUCCGGCGUGUUUUCUUGGGCUUGGGUAUGUGCAUCAGUUAUGCAGCCCUCUUGACGAAAACAAAUCGGAUUUAUCGCAUAUUUGAGCAGGGCAAGAAAUCAGUAACAGCUCCCAGACUCAUAAGCCCAACAUCACAACUGGCAAUCACUUCCAGUUUAAUAUCAGUUCAGCUUCUAGGGGUUUUCAUUUGGUUUGGUGUUGAUCCACCCAACAUCAUCAUAGACUAUGAUGAACAUAAGACAAUGAACCCUGAGCAAGCCAGAGGGGUUCUCAAGUGUGACAUUACAGAUCUCCAAAUCAUUUGCUCCUUGGGAUAUAGCAUUCUUCUCAUGGUCACAUGUACUGUGUAUGCCAUCAAGACUCGGGGUGUACCAGAGAAUUUUAAUGAAGCCAAGCCCAUUGGAUUCACUAUGUACACGACAUGUAUAGUAUGGCUUGCCUUCAUUCCAAUUUUUUUUGGCACCGCUCAAUCAGCGGAAAAGCUCUACAUACAAACUACCACGCUUACAAUCUCCAUGAACCUAAGUGCAUCAGUGGCGCUGGGGAUGCUAUACAUGCCGAAAGUGUACAUCAUCAUUUUCCACCCUGAACUCAAUGUCCAGAAACGGAAGCGAAGCUUCAAGGCGGUAGUCACAGCAGCCACCAUGUCAUCGAGGCUGUCACACAAACCCAGUGACAGACCCAACGGUGAGGCAAAGACCGAGCUCUGUGAAAACGUAGACCCAAACAACUGUAUACCACCAGUAAGAAAGAGUGUACAAAAGUCUGUUACUUGGUACACUAUCCCACCAACAGUAUAGCUUUUGACUGCUUUCCCAAAGGCCCUGCUGCAAAAAAGAAGUAUGUCAGUUAUAAUAACCUGGUUAUCUAACCUGUUCCAUUCCAUGGAACCAUGGAGGAGGAAGACCCUCAGUUAUUUUGUCACCCAACCUGGCAUAGGACUCUUUGGUCCUACCCGCUUCCCAUCACCGGAGGAGCUUCCCCGGCCGGGAGACCAAUGUUAGAGGAUCCAAGUGACCUAAACAGCUGCUUUAUGAAAUAUCCUUACUUUAUCUGGGCUUAAUAAGUCACUGACAUCAGCACUGCCAACUCGGCUGCAAUUCUGGACCUUCCCGACCAAAGGGAGUGUUGAAACUCAAGUCCCGCCCCCGGCUCUUUAGAAUGGACCACUGAGAGCCACCGGACCGUUUUGGGGCUGACCUGUCUUAUUACGUAUGUACUUCUAGGUUGCAAGGUUUUGAAAUUUUCUGUACAGUUUGUGAGGACCUUUGCACUUUGCCAUCUGAUGUCGUACCUCGGUUCACUGUUUGUUUUCGAAUGCCUUGUUUUCAUAGAGCCCUAUUCUCUCAGACGGUGGAAUAUUUGGAAAAAUUUUAAAACAAUUAAAAUUUUAAAGCAAUCUUGGCAGACUAAAACAAGUACAUCUGUACAUGACUGUAUAAUUACGAUUAUAGUACCACUGCACAUCAUGUUUUUUUUUUUUUAAGACAAAAAAGAUGUUUAAAGACCAAAAACUGUGCUGAGAAAGUAUGCCCCACCUAUCUUUGGUAUAUGAUAGGUUACAUAAAAGGAAGGUAUUGGCUGAACUGAAUAGAGGUCUUGAUCUUUGGAAUGCAUGCCAGUAAUGUAUUUUACAGUACAUGUUUAUUAUGUUCAAUAUUUGUAUUUGUGUUCUCUUUUGUUAUUUUUAAUUAGGGUAUAUGAAUAUUUUGCAAUAAUUUUAAUAAUUAUUAAGCUGUUUGAAGGAAAGAAUAUGGAUUUUUCAUGUCUUGAGGUUUUGUUCAUGCCCCCUUUGACUGAUCAGUGUGAUAAGGACUUUAGAAAAAAAGCAUGUAUGUUUUUUACUGUUUGUAAUAAGUACUUUCGUUAAUCUUGCUGCUUAUGUGCCAAUUUAGUGGAAAAAAAACAACCCUUGCUGAAAAAUUCCCUCUUUCCAUUCUCUUUCAAUUCUGUGAUAUUGUCCAAGAAUGUAUCAAUAAAAUACUUUGGUUAACUUUUUUA